GCCCGCCGGGCGGGCUGAGGGCGGCGUGCUGCCAUGGACCGCGCGGCCGUGGCCAAGAUGGGGGCGGUGGCCAGCGCCAGCGUGUGCGCCCUGGUGGGCGGCGUGGUGCUGGCCCAGUACAUCUUCACUAUGAAGAAGAAGACGGGCAGGAAGACGAAGAUCAUCGAGAUGGUCUGGAAAAUGUUUCAAAGUAUGUUAUCUUUUGAAGAGCCUUGCUUCAAGAAAUGUGAAUGUCUGCCUCUUACCAGUUACUGGCACUUAAAUGAAUAUCAUUCUUAGGCAAGUUACCUAUUUUUUUCUGUCUUGUCUGGUUGUACUUCAUGUUAAUUGUCUUCAACACGUCAAAGUUUCCUCUCUCCAUGCAUGCAUACAAGCAUACUGUUUUCCAGUGUACUGUAGGCUGUGAAGAGUAAGCCUUGAAGAGACUUUAAGGAAAAACAGCGUGAGAGAGGAGCAGCCUGACAGACCUUAUAGCUGUAAGCUGGUGCAGUUGUCAGAAGGGCAUAUCCAGAGGUAAAGAAAUAAAAGACGUCCUGUUGUAUUUUUGAAUGGAUGGGAUAGCCAGAAACACCCGUGAAGCGCUGGGACAUGGACACAAAACAAUGCAAUAAGAGGAGAAUCAACAGCAACUGUUUCAGUCCGGGCCUGGGUUUAAUGCAAGUUCCACUCUAGACAACAUUACAUUGGGAAGCUUCUAGGAAGCCUGUAUGCAAGCCCUGCGUCUCUGGACUCUGCUUGCCACCUAUGCAGUUGCAGUAGGACAAAAUCAAGGACAGAAGAAUCAGGAGUGCCCUAAGCUCAACGCACAGAUGCCAGAAUUUCAGAAGAAGACUGUCCACAUUAAGGACCCAGGGAGAGUAGAAGAGAUUAUUUGUGGCCUCAUCAAAGGAGGAGCUGCUAAACUUCAGAUUAUUACAGAUUUUGAUAUGACAUUAAGUAGAUUUUCCUACAAUGGAAAAAGAUGUCCAACUUGCCAUAACAUCAUUGAUAACUCUAAGCUCAUCACAGAGGAAUGCCGAAAAAAGUUGUUGCAGCUGAAAGAAACAUAUUAUGCUAUUGAAAUUGACCCAGCCCUCACUAUUGAAGAAAAAUAUCCAUAUAUGGUAGAAUGGUACAAUAAAUCUCAUGCACUACUCAUUGAACAAGGCUUACAAAAGGAUAAGCUUGCAGAAGUUGUGAGAGAAUCUGAUGUUAUGCUGAAGGAAGGAUACGAGAACUUCUUUGAUAAGCUCAGUGAACAUAAUAUUCCUGUGUUCAUAUUUUCUGCUGGGAUUGGAGACAUUCUUGAGGAAGUUAUCCACCAGGCUGGAGUCUACCAUUCUAAUGUCAAAGUUGUUUCCAAUUUCAUGGAUUUUGAUGAAAAUGGAAUAUUAAAAGGGUUUAAAGGAGAAUUGAUUCAUGUUUACAACAAACAUGAUGGUGCCUUGAAGAAUACAGAGUAUUUUAAACAACUGAAAGACAACAGUAAUAUCAUACUGCUGGGUGAUUCCCAAGGAGACUUGAGUAUGGCAGAUGGAGUAGCAAAUGUUGAGCACAUCCUUAAGAUUGGUUAUCUCAAUGAUAAAGUAGAUGAACUUCUGGAAAAAUACAUGGACUCUUACGAUAUUGUCUUGGUGAAAGAUGAAUCCCUGGAAGUUGCCAACUCCAUCCUACAGAAAAUUCUGUAGCUUGCAGUCUCAAGUCACUGCGUUCCUUCCAGAAGGCAACUGAAUAGAAGAGCACACGCGUGCAAUCUUAAGUGUAUCUGUUACUCAUUGACAGAACUGUUUAAUUUAAAACUUUUAUCCUCAUUUUGUUAUUUUGGAGUAUAUAUGGUACCCAUUGUCAACUAGAAGCUCCUUUUACUGCUGUUAGGCUGUUCUUUAUUGUCUCACACUCCUAUUAAAACUAGAUUUAAAUUGGAUUUACAGAUGUGAUAAACUGCUUCUGAUGGGGUACUGUGGUUUGCUGACUUUUAAUCAGGCGUUUUAAAGAACAUUUUACUAAAUGUGGCUAUUGUGUAAAACUGAAGAUGCAAACAUGCUCUGAAUAAGCAGCGUGCACGGGUUUGUUUUGCCUUUGCUUCUUUCAAAGUGUCAUCCAAAAUCCAGGAAGAAAACUCUCUGAUUCCACUGCAGCGUUAGAAAAAGAAAAGAUUUCAGUCCCAGCUGUACUUUGAAAGAUACUACUUAUAUGCUACAGACUGUCACAGAAGUUUUUCAUACAUAUUUUUCUUCAGUAAAAAUACUGCACCCACCCAA